AUGGUAAAGCCGAAGCUGAUGCCGGUGGAUUUCGAUCCGGAAGCGGCUGUUUCGCCGCAAAAGUUUUUCGCGGGCCUGGAGGCGUCGUUUGGUGGAUGGCUGAUGUUUCACCCGGAAGAGGUGGCGCCCCAGCUGGAGAUCUUUCAGACUUUCGGUGACGGAAAAUUCAUGGUCGACCCCAAGGACGGCGGCGGAGAAAGGCCGCUGCAGGUGAUCUUCGUGUCGCACGGUGGCGUGGGCUCGCUCGCGGAGGCCGCCGCGUUCCGACUGCCGCUCCUGUGCCUCCCCCUGCUCCAGGGGGACCAGCCCCCGAACUGCAGACAGGUGGCGCGUAUGGCAACGGGGCGGGACUUGGGCAAGCUGUCUGCUGCGAUGAUUCUCCACAAGAUGCUCAGCGGUCCGAUUGCAUCCGACGUCACCAAUCUCGCGGGCCGCCAUUUCGCCUAUUUUUCAACGCCGGGCUGCAAGACGGGCGGCGAAGAUCGUACCGGGGAGCUGAAGUUCGAAGGAGUCGUCGCCGCUACGCGCGCAGAGCUUGGCAAGCUGCAAGGCUUUUACGAGUCGGCCGCGCAGUUCUCGCAGUCCGUGCGGGCGAUGAAGCGUUGGGAAGAAGAGCUUCUGCCCGAGUUCGAGCGGGAGAGCGGGGUCCCGUGGCGCAAGCAGCUGGACAUCCAAGGCGUGCUCCGCACGGAAGCGAAGGCGCUGCUUGCCGCGGACUCUGCCUACGCGCAAGGAAUUCGCGGAGCACUAGACACUUCGCAGGACCUCCUGUACCAAAACACGGUAAGCCGCGAAACGGGGGCGGGCCAGUUGCUCGAGUAUUUCAUGCAAAACGAGAAAGAGCACGGGGGAUGGAUGGUCGCGGACGGGGCGACGGAAGCCUAGCCACGCCGGUCGAGGGGCGCUCCUCCGGAGAACGCCGAGAUCUUUUGCAGCAAACGCGCGCAGAAAGCGCACAAAGAAGCGACGAACUCAAAGAUGACCAUGGCAAUAUGAUGUCGGAUUUCCCGUAUCUGUCUGCUAUGGAAACUACUACUACUGUUAUAAGAUACAAGUCGUGUUUAAUCUCAAUAAACAGACCCUGCUAUAAUUAGAGCACACGAACAAAAACGAAUAGGGCGCAACUAUAGGGAAAUACGAACAAAACUAGAAGAGGAGAUGGAAACUAGCUGGGUUUCUCUGAAGCCGGAAAGAACGCGAACAAUUCGCACAGCUAUGCGCGAACCGAGCGCAACACACAAAAACAGGGAAACUCCUAUAGAGCGACGAAGUUACUUUUUUGCCAUGGUAAAGCGAAAGCCGCAUCAUCCGCCUAGGUACGCGGAAGCGUUGUGGAGAAGCUACCGCAAGUAAACCUCUGAAAAAGUCAUACGAAAUUUACCUUCCUCUCUAUUUUGGUCCG